CUUUUAGCCCUUGUUGCCUGUGCACGGGUGGUGUGUGCAGCAUAACGCAGCGAAUCAAAUUGCCAGUCUCGACACGCCUGUUACGCCUCAUCAGCCCUCUCUUGCAGCGAGGUGGAACUGGAUGCCACACACUCUGAGAAUUCAAACUCCGCUAUUUACCACUAAUUAACGUUGCUUUACGCUGUGCAUAUGACACCUUCUGCCUAUCCGCUUGCUGUCACCUUCUCCCCACACCUUCUCCCCCGCGGACAUCGUAUCUGCCCGCUCUGGCUGACCAUUCUCUUCGAAACGGCAGUCUCUCCAGUUCCUACGAACUCCAACCUAUCCCUAAGGCCUCCAGCAAGCUAGCUGUCAGUCCGAGAGAGGCCCUACAAGAGCGCAAGAGGAGGGAGAAGCUAGAGAGGCUUCUUGAGGAGGCUGAGAUGAAAUUCUCGCAUAGCAUCCAGUUCAAUGCCGUCCCGGACUGGAGCAGCCACUAUAUUGCCUACAGUAACCUCAAGAAGCUUAUCUACUCCCUUGAGAAGCAAAUACACCAGAAGAGUGGAGCCACUACGAACGAUGCAGAAUCCUCGCCUUUGUUGGAGGUAGGCUCUAUUGAUGACCCGGACAAAAUCUUCUCCAGCCAUCUGGACCACGAACUGGAAAAGAUAUGUUCUUUCUACAGGCUGAAAGAGCUGGAAAUCUAUGGCGAGGUUGACAGCUUACUGCAAGACGAGGAAAGCUACGAGGAAGAGCAGGAUGACAUGGAGAGUGAAGAUGCUGAAGGGCUAGGCUCGAGCCGACUACUGAGCAAAUCGAACCGAGCCCGACAGCAGAGCAUGUUCAAGAGCUUCUCUGGCUUCGGCAAAGUAAGACGAUCAAGUACAUGGAGUCAAAAGUCGGGGCGCGACGAUGCAGACGACGACGAUAGCGACGAUGAUGCAAAUGAGGGUACCUCUUUGAAAAAGCCAAAGUCCCGAGGCACGAUGGACUCUAUGGAUGAUCUCAGGGUUUCUACCGGAGACAUGUCUUCUUCAAGACGUCGCGACAGCCGGAUCUUUGACGACUAUGCAGAUCAGGCCAUGUCAGCGCUCUACGACACGGGCAUCACACUCAAGAAGCGGACAGUGAGCCACUACGUCAACGUCUGUGAGCUUCGUUCUUUCAUACAAUUGAACAAAACCGGUUUCACCAAGGUGCUGAAGAAGUACGACAAGAUUCUGGACCGAAAUUUGAAGCGACCAUAUAUCCAGCAAAACGUAGACGCGGCGUACCCUUUCCAGCAGUCGACCAUGGAUCGGCUUGGAGAGACACUAAUAAAGAUCGAAGAAGCGUACGCAAGACUUGUUACUCAGGGAGAUGUUGAAGUUGCGAAGAGAGAGCUAAGAUUACAUCUACGAGAACAUGUCGUCUGGGAGCGCAACACGGUCUGGAGAGAAAUGAUCGGUAUUGAGCGCAAAGCUCAGGCUGCCAACAUGGGUCUACGGCAGACCAUUCUCGGACAAGAUACAGAUCCGUCAAAAGCACGACUGCAAGGAGAUGAGGCACAUCUUGAUAUGAAGGAGAUCUCGACACCGGUUGGUCGAUAUACUUGUCCAAGCUGGCUCCUCAGCUCGACGUUCUACACUCUUGUCGUCAUCAUCGCCAUAUUCGUGGUCCUCCUCACGAUACCCAUCAUGGAGAAGCCAGAACAGCAAAACUGUCUGGCACUCGUUGUGUUUGUCAGUUUACUUUGGGCGACGGAAGCUAUUCCUCUCUUCGUCACGUCGCUUCUAGUACCAUUCCUCGCCGUCGUUCUGCAGGUCGUCCGGUCAGAUGAGAAGCCCUAUAAGCGACUAGACGCCAAGCCGGCAGCCUCCUAUGUUUUUGCAGCAAUGUGGACACCAGUCAUAAUGCUAUUGCUUGGAGGCUUCACAAUCGCUGCUGCCCUGUCAAAGUUCAACAUCGCGAAGCGAAUGGCAACAUUCGUGCUGAGCAAAGCAGGUACAAGACCACGAACAGUUCUCCUGACGAGCAUGUUCGUCGCCAUGUUCGCCAGCAUGUGGAUAAGCAACGUCGCCGCCCCUGUCCUCUGCUUCUCCAUCAUCCAGCCCAUCCUUCGCAACCUCCCUUCCGACUCCAACAUGUCCAGAGCACUCCUCCUAGGCAUCGCCCUCGCGUCCAACAUCGGCGGCAUGGCAUCCCCCAUCGCGUCCCCUCAAAACCUGAUUGCCCUACAGAACAUGUCGCCGCCCGUCGGAUGGGGCGCAUGGUUCUUCAUCGCACUCCCCGUCUGCAUCACCAGCAUCCUCCUAAUCUGGGUCCUCCUGCUCCUCACCUUUCAGCCCGGCCGCGGCACAACCAUCGUGCCAAUCCGGCCAAUGAAAGACCGCUUCACCGGCAUCCAAUGGUUCAUCAGCAUCACCACGCUCGUCACUAUCGCACUCUGGUGCGUGUCGCACCAGCUCGAAGGCGUCUUCGGCGACAUGGGCGUCGUAGCCAUCAUCCCCAUCAUCCUCUUCUUCGGCAGCGGCAUCCUCACAAAGGAAGACUUCAACAACUUCCUCUGGACCAUCAUCAUCCUCGCCGCCGGCGGCCUCGCCCUCGGCAAAGCCGUAAACUCCUCGGGCCUCCUGCACGCCAUUGCAAACGCCAUCACCGACCGCACCGAUGGCCUCGGCCUCUACGCCGUCAUGCUCGUCUUCGCCGCCCUCAUCCUCGUCGUCGCUACCUUCAUCAGCCAUACCGUUGCGGCCCUGAUUGUGCUCCCGCUCGUCGCCGAGGUCGGCGCGAACAUGGACGAGCCGCACCCGCGUCUGCUCGUCAUGGCCAGCGUGCUCAUGUGCAGCGCCGCCAUGGGCCUGCCGACAAGUGGCUUUCCGAACAUGACCGCCAUCAUGAUGGAAGACCCCCAGACGGGCCAGCGCUACCUGCAGGUCAAACACUUUAUUACGCGCGGCGUGCCCAGUUCGCUGCUCACGUUUGCCGUUGUGGUCAGUUUGGGGUAUGGGCUUAUGUAUGCUGCUGGCUUGUAGUUCCAUCUUCUUAUGUGAUUUUUUUUUGAUUUCUUCGUUGCUUUCCUCCUUUUUUUUUCUUCUUGGUUUCUUGGUUUCUUGCUUGGAGCGAGGGAGACAAGGAAGGAGAGAGAGAGAGAGAGAGAGAGAGGGAAAGGGAGAAAAGGAUAGAGGGAGAUGAAAGGAGAAGUGUUACCUCCCC